GCUCAUUGAGAUGGGUUGAAUGCACAGCAAAUUGGCAUCAUGAGCACAAAAAACCUAUACAAAAAAAACCAUUUAAUACUCAGAAUGAACAAUUUAAAGAAAGAAUUCAUGCAGCACCUGACACUUUACCAAAAAAAUUGCAAGUUGGUCAGUCUUUAAAUAACAACCAUCCUUUGGUUUCACCAUUGUUUCCAAUAAAUGGAAUGGAAGAAUUCGAAACUGAUUAUUUUAAAGACAAGCCUGAAUUAAAAGGACAAAUUUCAGCUUUCUUUGAACAAAAGAAUAAACCUAAUAAUAAUUUAAUUGAUCACAAUGAAGAUGGAAAUAAAACAAUUGCGUUUGCUAAGAAAGCUAAAAGUGUUAACAUAAUUAAUGAACAAGAAGUUCGCCGUAGCAAACAGAUCAAAUCAAAAAAUAAUACAAAAAAAUAA